AUGGUCGCUAUCCACGUGCCAAAACACUUUGUACCCGGAAAAAACAGAGUAUCAACAACCUCCUACUCGCUUCUCACCUUCCUCCCCGCGCGCUUGUUCAGAGAGAGCACUAAAUCCUUCAACAUAUUCUUCCUCAUCCUCUGCUGCAUUGUCUUGGUUCCCGGGCUCACUUCAUUCUCUAAGUCCACGUACAUCGCGUGUGUGCUGGUGAUUAUGUCUGUGAACAUUCUGAAAACAGCCGUGCAGGAGCUGAAAAAGUACAGCCUGGAUCAAAAGAUAAACACGCAAACUUUGUCGGCAAUAAGAAAUGGAGCAAUUUCUGAGAUAAAAAGGGAAGACAUAAACCCCGGCGAUAGAAUUGUAAUUCCUCGGAGCAAGCCUCUCCCUGUGGAUGUUUUGCUCUUGGGGGCGUAUAAGGAAGGAGAUGCAGGAGCCUCUUUGGAUGAGAUAUACAUAGAGACAAGUGCCCUAGAUGGAGAAACUUCUCUGAAAAACCGAAAGACACUCGCUCACCUGGGAAAGACAGGAGUACUGCAAGAAGACGAGAUAAACACCCUGGAGGACAUAGAAUUCAACUAUGACACUGAGACAUUAGAGGGCGAGCUAUUUAUGAAAUAUUGCGAUACUAAUUGCACACACAAAAGUACUGUAAGCAUAGGAAAAGAUGGCAUUGGCAGCAUUAGCUAUGGAAGCAGCUCGGAUAGAGCCAGCUGCAUUUCCACCAGCAAACAGAACACGAUCCCCCGAGGAGCAAUCAUCUACACUGAGUGCACGAUUGUUGGCCUGUCACUCGGCGGGGAGAAAGAGACAGAGCAGGCUGUGCGCAUAAAAGGAUCUCUGUUCAUGAACGUACUUUCUAUACUCAGCAUAUAUACUAUUGCCGUCUAUCUGUUUCUCCUUAUGGUUUCUUCUGCUGGCUCUUGCUGGUUUAUGAUAAACGGCGAGUGGCUGCUUGGGCCCGUAGAGCUGGCAGCCUUUGAAGAAGGUGUGAGGUGCUUGUUCUCCAACAUUAUUAUUUUUAGCAGUCUUAUACCCCUGUCUCUCUUCGUUACGCUAGACAGUCUUCGCAUUGCAUACUCUAUCUUUGUCCAAGCUGACCCAGAAAUGGCAAAUGACGGCGUGUAUGCUAAAUGCAAUGCGCAUGGAGUUCUAGAGGACAUUGGGAUGGUUACGCAUGUGCUCUCUGACAAAACAGGAACACUCACUCUGAACAAGAUGGAGUUUAAGGGGAUAUACCUGGCAGGGGAUGAGUCAGCUAUUAUGUUCGAUUCUUUAGAUAGCGCACACGCCAGAGAAAGUGCAGAGCCAGCCAGCACUAAUGAUGGGUCUAAUAGUUAUCCUGCUCAGAAAACUUUUAGAUCAGUGAUGGAUAGGAAUGACUCUAUGCUCUCUAUCCUCACUCUUCUGCUGUGUCAUUCAGUCGAUACGAUAGAUGGAACAUACAUGGGAGUGUCGCAGGAAGAGGUGUGCAUGCUGGAGUAUUUGAAGAAUUUUCAGCUGUCAGUGAUCGAUCGAAGAGAAAGUUUUGUUCUUAUUUCAAUAGAGGGUGUGCUGAUGAAGUGCCGAAUACUCUCUGUCCUGCCUUUCUCUGCUUCAGUGGCCAGAAUGAGUGUUGUGGUGAUGAUUGAUGGGAGAGUGUUUCUUUUGACCAAGGGCUCCGAUGAGGUAGUUAACUGCGACGGCGCUUUGGAAGUAGGCGGUGAGUAUAGGGCGCUGAUGAUGUCAGGACAGGAAGUAGAAGGAGCAGACAUGAAGAAAUACGUUGCAGAAUACCCAGAUGAAUCGGAGAAAGUGGAUGCAGUAACUCAAGCCAUGAAAAAAGACAAAAAGAGUAAAAAUCAAACAAGUAGUGCAAAUACACCGUUGAAAGAACUGGUUUGUGAGUAUUCUCUUUCUUCAAAUAAGAAUGAGGAGAAUGAAGAGAUCGAUUGGUCAAAAUUGGAUCUUCCACUGUCUUUUAUACUGUUCUUUGAAGGCUCGUCUGCUUACACAGGAACACUUUACAUUGAAGACACACUGCAGCCAAGGGUUUCAUUGACCGUAGAGUCGAUUGUGGCCAAGGGAAUAUGCAUAUGGAUGCUUACUGGAGAUAGGAAAGAAAGUGCUGUUUCGUGCGGUAUAUCUGCAGGAAUGGAACACAACCCGUACAAAGUAUUUUCAGGUACAGAAUUGAUCCAGCUACUAGACAGCUCAGGAUCUUCUGCUCUCCUUGACCACUCGUCCAUUAUAGUCUACAGGUGUUCGCCAGAGGACAAGAGAACUCUCACACGAAAGCUCAGAGUGUCAGGUAAGAUCGUGCUGACCAUUGGAGACGGCGAUAAUGAUAUAGGCAUGCUUGAAGAGGCAGACAUUGGAGUGAGCGUGUGCAGCAUGGAGUCUACAAGGGCGUCUUUUUCUUCUGAUAUAACCAUCCCUUCUUUCUACGGCCUGGGAAGACUCAUUGUGGCUCAUGGCCCCGUGUCUCUGGAGAGACUCAACAGUGUGUUUAUGUUCUUCAUGUUCAAAAGCGUGUGCCUAGCUGUCUGCCAGUGCUUAUAUGGAGUGUUUGUGGGGUCUUCUGGGUCCAUUGCAUCUUCUUCUUUGUUUUUGCUGUUUUUCAAUGCUCUAAUUACAUCUCCACUUUCCAUUGAAAUGGGGCUCUUCCGCAUUAGAUCACUAAAAAAAUCAGUUGCAGACGCUUUCCUAAACGGGAUAUUCUAUGGGAUAGGAUCAUUUCUCGUGAUUUACAGCAUGUUUGGAUCGAUUGAUGUCAUAGGAGCAGACGGCGAGCUGGGCGGGCAUGACACUGUGUGCUGUUUGUUCUCACUGUGUCUUUUUAUUUCCACAAACCUCUACUUUUUGUUCUCUGCUGAGUCGUUUGUUUUCUAUUCAUUCUUUGCUCUUUUUGUGUCUUAUCUUUUCUUUAUCUUCUCCGUGGGAAUUGAAGGCGGAUUUGGCAUCUUCAUACGUCCGUAUUUCUACAUAUGUUCUCUCUACAUGAUAGCCGUUGGAAUGCUUGUAGAAAGAAGUGUGUGCUUGCUCAGAAAAGACCAGCAGUACAAACUGAUGCAACAGCUGCAAAUGGACAGAGUAUAG